ACAAUAUUAGAUAUUCCCAAAUUGAUGACCUCAUUGCGUGCAUAACCUGAAGACAAUGGUAAUACGUCUAGUAAGCUGAAUCUGGCUAUAAAGCCCAGCUGUUUGUGUAUGGUUUCUCCACUAAAAAGCUUGUAAUAAGCUGAAAGAACAUCAACAAUGGCAGAAGCCAAAAAGAGGUAUGCAGUUGUCACAGGGGCUAAUAAAGGAGUUGGGUUCGGAGUAGUAAGACAAUUGGCUUCAAAUGGGAUCAUGACAGUGUUAACAGCUAGAGAUGAAAAGAGGGGUCUUGAAGCUGUUGAAAAAUUGAAAGAGUCCGGCCUCUCUGAGCUUGUGGUAUUUCAUCAGCUUGAUGUGACAAACCCAGAUAGCAUUGCUUCCCUUGCACAUUUUGUCAAAACCCAAUUUGGGAAACUAGAUAUCUUGGUAAACAAUGCAGGAGUGUUUGGAUGCAUACUAAACCCUGAAGCUUUUAGAGAAGUAUCCAGUAAGCUUGAAGAAGUCAAUUGGAAUGAACUUGCAGCACCAAACUACGAGUUAUCAGAAGAAUGCCUGAAAACAAACUAUUAUGGCACGAAAGGAAUCACAGAGGCACUUUUGCCCCUCCUCAAGCUGUCCGAUUCACCCAGACUAGUUAUUGUUUCUGCGGCUGUUGCUAAGUUAUCGGAUUUUCCAGAUGGAUGGCCUAAAGAUGUAUUAAGUAAUGCUGAGACCCUAACAGAACAGAGAAUAGAUGCAGUACUGAGUCAGUCACUAGAAGAUCUCAAACAAGGUUUGGUGGAAACCAAGGGCUGGCCUCGAUACUUUUCAGCCUAUUCAGUCUCAAAGGCUGCCUUGAAUGCAUACACUAGAAUUCUUGCAAAGAAAUAUCCAAGUUUCUACAUCAAUUGUGUCUGCCCUGGUUACACCAAAACAGAUUUCAACUGCAAUUCUGGCUUCUUAACCAUUGACGAAGGUGCUGAAAGCAUUGUCAGGCUGGCGCUGCUCCCCAAUGACAGUCCUACUGGCCAGUUCUUCAUACGGAAGGAACCGUCACCAUUUUAAGCACAUAAAUUUAUAGAGGCCCUUUCUGCUUUCAUGAAUAACGAUCCUACUUAUGAUCAUUUACAAACUAUUUGGAUUAUCCAGUUUUAUGAGACUACUUGAAAAUUGAGAUAUAUAGGUUGAGGUUGAGACUUGAGAGAUUUACGUUUUUGGACUUGGUCUUUGUAGUUUGUUUCCCUUAUUGUUGGAGUCAUUGUGUAAUAUUUGCUGAGAUUAAGAUUUGGAUAAAAUAUAAUAAAUCAUCGCAUACCAAAAA